CCUGAUGCAGGCGUCCCUCGGAGACCCCAGAGCAGUGGACAGUAAUGUGAAAACGAUACUCAUGUCGUGUCUGAAAGGGCAACAGGUCAUCAUUAAAAUGGAGGCGAUGAAGAUCAUCCACCCAGAGAAGUUUUCGGAGCUGCAGGCGUCGCAGCCACGCUACGCGCCGGCCCCGCGCCGGGAGCCUCCCCUCGUGGCCAAGCGCGCCUGGCCCUCCGAGUCCGAGAUCAUCGUCAACCAGGCGUGCGGGGACAUCCCCAGCCUGGACGCCACCCCCGGGCCCCUGCCGCUGCCCCGGACUCCCCCCCUGCCGCGGCGAGAGCGCGGGUACCAGAGCCAGCGGAAGGGCAGCUCGGAGGUCUGCUACCACCGGCAGCCGCCGUCGGACGAGGUGAUCGUCAACCAGUACGUGCUGCACCCCUCGACGCCCUGCGAGCCCCUCGAGUGCCCCACCUGCGGCCACAUGUACAACUUCACCAACAAGCGGCCCCGCAUCCUCUCCUGCCUGCACUCGGUGUGCGAGGAAUGCCUGCAGAUCCUCUACGAGUCCUGCCCCAAGUACAAGUUCAUCUCCUGCCCCACCUGCAAGCGGGAGACCGUCCUCUUCACCGACUACGGGCUGGCGGCUCUGGCCGUCAACACCAGUAUCCUCAACAGACUGCCGGCCGAGGCCCUGGCUGCCAACCCCGUGCAGUGGAGCAGCGACACCGACCGCAGCUGCUACCAGACCUUUCGCCAGUACUGCGGGGCCGCCUGCACCUGCCACAUCCGGAACCCGCUCUCCUCCUGCACCAUCAUGUGAGCCCCGGCAGCGGGCGGCCAGGCCCUUCUCUGCCGCCGGCACAGCCCAGGGACGCUCCGAUGCUCACCGAGGACGCGGGAGCAGCGUCCUCGCUGGCACUGACGGGGGACGAUGGGACCCCUCGCACCCUGAUGUGCCCAUGGAGAGGGACACGGGGAUGGGAAAGCACAUCUAUGUACCAGAGCAUCCAGGGGCUCUGGCUGCCCUGGGUCCUGCGCCAGAUGCCCCGCUGUGCAUCGAGCAUCUCGCCACCCUCCUUCCCUGGACUCCUUCUCCCUCCGUUCUUCCCGUGGCUCCUGAGAGUGGACGCUGGGUCCUGACCGGAGCGGCACCGUCCCCAUCGCCCUGCGGCUGCCGGCAGUGGCACGAGGAGCCCUGGAGACGCACGGUGCCCCGCUGGGUUCCCCUCCUGGCACGGGAGACAAGGACAGAUCCCUGGCUGCUCCCCCUCCCACCUCUUCUCUGUAAGUUAUUUGCCAAAGCUUUCAUCUCAGCGGCCAAGCUGCCAUGUGCCCAAGGUCUUGUAGCCAUGCCAAGCCACCGCACCGGCCCCUGGGCUGCGAGCAGCCCCGCAGCCCGUUUCCUCUGCAGGCCCUUGAGGAAAGCUCCACUUUAUCCUCGUUUUGGAGGAUUCUCAUUUUUCCCCCACCCCGUUCCCCGGCCGCCUCAUCCCAGGUUACUUGUUCACAAAGGCAUUGAGCUGUGCCCGUUCUCUGCUGCUCCUGCCUGGGGGCCCUGCACCGAUGCCCCGUGGGGGCGGCUCAGAGGUGCAGCGUGGGGUCCUGGAUCUCAUAUCGCUGGCUCCAGCGAGGGGAUUUGGCUGGGCAGCAGGGCAAAGGUUUCACUCCUACCCACAGCUCCUUCCCUGAAGCUGCACCUCUGCUCUGACCCCUAUGAGGAAGGACUGGCAGGGCAGCAGCCCCCUGUGCACUGUCUUUCUUUCUGCAGGGCACCUGAAGGGGUGAGUCUGCUGCCAAAAAAGAAAAAAUGAUCAAUAAGAAACCUAAAACAAACAAAGCCAUAAUUUGCAGGUGCUCCUGCGGGGCUGAGCACCACAGCCUGGCACAGCUGUGGCACCGGGGGCACGCGCUGCCCAGUCCCCAGGCACGGGGGCUGGGUGAGCCAGAGGGGCUCCAAACACACCGUGAGAAAAGGGCAGCCCCAGCUCCGGGCAAAGCCUGGCAUCCAUCCUGGGAGAGGGGCUGAGCGUGCCCCCCACUCACCCCGAGGAGCGGCCCCGGUGCCACCCCGCUGCCGGCAGAGAACGGGGGCCGAUAGCGUUUCUGUGUUGCUCUGCCAAUGCCUCCUGCUGCUGGUUGUGACGAUGAUCAUGUUUUAUACCCGGCCUUGUUCUGCCCCCCAUCGGUCUCCCCAAUAAAGGUUAUAUUGGAACGA